AUGUCAAACAACCAACCACCAAGUCUUGACGUGAAACAUGGCGAACGUGGCAAGACGCCGAGUGAAAAUGGAGACAGCGAGAUGACCUUUGACCCUGCUGUUGUCAAGAAGCUCAAGCUCAAGACUGACCUCAUCCUCCUUCCAAUUCUGUCAAUUGCUUACCUAUUCAACUCUCUUGCUCGAAGCAAUAUUUCAAACGCGAAUACUGCAGGGCUUACCAAAGAUCUCCACCUCCAAGGGAACCAGUUCAACCAAGUCCUCACCUACUACCAGAUCCCUUUUAUCAUCUUUGGUCCGCUUGUAACAAUGCUUACCAAACAGUUUGGUGCCAAUAUUACGAUUCCUGUGAUGAUGGUCGGUUUUGGCACUCCAUCUUUGGCAACAGCAUUUGUUCACAACUUUGGGGAGCUAGUCGCCUGUCGGGUCCUCGUUGGUAUCUUCGAGUCUGGCUUCUUGGCAUCAGUCAUUUAUUAUCUAUCUCUUUGGUAUACGCGCACAGAGCUCGCCAGCCGGAUUGGAAUCUUCUACGCAGCCUUGACCUCCUCAUCUGCAUUCGGUGGCCUUCUUGCUUUUGGAAUGUUCCAGCUGAAUAGCGACAAGUAUUUUCAAUGGUCGUACUUGUUCAUUCUUGAAGGAAGCUUGUCUCUUUUCUGGGCCAUUUUAACCUUCUUGGUCCUUCCGCGCCAGACCUCGACUGCUUGGUUCUUUAGCGAGCAGGAGAGAGACAUCGCCGCAGCUCGGCUAGCACAAGACUCUGUGACCUCCGCAGAGAGCAAAUUCAACAUUAAGGAGUCAUUUUCCGAGUUUUUCACUCUCCAUGGCUACAUUCGAGUUGUGAUCUCCUUCGUUUCAGGAACUAUUCUGACCUCCAAUGCCAACUUCUUAGCCAUGAUUGUCCGCCGGUUGGGUUUCAGCGUGAUCAAGACGAAUCUCUACACCGUUGCUCCUGCCCUCACUGGUGCCGUUUUCCUGGUAGCUUGGUGCAAGCUAUCUGAUAGACUCCGAGAAAGAGGCUUCCACAUGGCUGCCUCGGCGGUAGUCAGUCUGAUCGGCUACGUAAUCCUGUCAACGAUCGAUACAAACAACACGUCCGUCCUGUACUUCGCCAUGUUCUUGUGCACUAUUGGAGCUUAUCCUGCAACCCCUAUCGGAUCGACCUGGAUGCUUUCCAACAUUCCUAACCUCAACGCACGAGCAAUGACUAGUGGCCUUUACAUCUCGUUUGGAAACUGUGCGGGGCUUCUUUCAAGCAAUAUAUAUCAUGAAUGGGAAUCUCCUCGAUACCAAACUAGUCUCUCCACGAACAUUGGGAUGAGUAUUGCACUUAUCACAAUCACUAGUUCGUAUGGACUAUGGAUGAGAUGGGAAAACAAGCGUCGAGAUAAUGCCGCGGGAGUUGCAUUGGCUGAGAGCACGUCACAGGGAAUAAACAAUGCACGGGAUCCUCGUUUCAGAUUCCAGGUGUAA